AUGCAUAUCCAAGCAUUUGCGCGCUGUGCAGGCGAGUACGUGGUGGUGGGCGUGACGACGGAGCAGUACGACGCGCGCCAGCCCGAGAGCGCGCUGACCGGGCUGCUGCGCGUGGCCGACCCGGUGGUGGAGCGCGCCUUCCGCUCCUACCUGGGCGUGGCCGCCACGCCCCCCGACGCCCACUUCUUCGCCGGCUUCGCCACCAAGGUCAACGAGUUCCUCGAGCGCCCGCCCUUCUCCUACCCCAACGCCGGCAGGAUCAUCGGCAUACACAAGCAGGUGCGCGUGGAGGCGGCGUACCUGUACGACGCGGCGCACCUGUACGCGCGCGCACUGGUGGAGCAGCUGGACGCCGGCGGGGACCCCUUGAACGGCACCGAGAUCAUCAACCGCCUACGCAACUGCUCCUACUUCAGCGCCAUGGGGUGA